CUGAAAUUUUUUUUUCAUCAAUUGUGAUUUUGACAAUUUCAUUAGUUUUUCUAUUUGUGAUUAUUUAAAAAAUAAGUGAUAGUUUUGUGUGACCUACUACCUAAGAGGAUUUUUCCAAGUUUGUACAUGUUCAAGUCAAUUACUAUUGCAAAGAUGCUAACGGAGCGCUUACUUAAAUGUAUAUAUAUUUUCUUAAAAGUGUGGUGCAUUUUCAACAGUGGUUAUCUCUUUUGAGGUGUCCUCAUCUGUGAAGUUUAUUUUAGUUUCUAGUGUGCCACUGUGCAGUUAUCAUCAAUCAGAGUACCAAUGAGAAAAUUUUCCCCACAGCAGCGUUUCCAUCUUUGAUAACAAUGGCUGAUAUACCAUCAUAUACACCAGUUAACGAUUUGCAAUUUCUUCAUCAAGAUUUUGUAACUGUGCAUAGUGUAUCGACCCAUGUAGUAACUUGUGGAAGAUGGUUAGAUGAAGAAUUGCCUGACAAUGAUCCAGGUCGUUUUCUCAUUGUGUUUAUACCAGGUAACCCUGGUGCUCUUGAAUACUACAUUGAAUUUAUUAAAGCUCUGUAUGAAGGAGUACAACGUGCUAUUCCCAUUUGGGGUAUAUCACAUGCUGGACAUGUUAGUGCUCCACCCAGUUGUGCAGUUCCCAAACUUCAAGGAAAUGAAAGUUUAUAUUCUUUAGAAGGACAAAUUCAUCAUAAAAUGGCAUUUAUUAACACAUAUGUUCCACGUGAUCGCAAGCUUAUACUUAUUGGUCAUUCCAUUGGUUGUUACAUUGUACUUGAGCUAUUAAAAAGGUUACCCCAUUUACAGGUAAAUCGCUGCUUCUUAUUGUUUCCUACAAUUGAGAGAAUGUCUACUAGUCCACAAGGUCAAUGGGUCUGGCCAGUGCUGACUUACCUUCGUCUUCCAGCUAUCAUAAGUGUGCAUGCUUUAAGUUGCUUGAGUCCACAAAUGCAGUCUCGAAUCUUAGAGUGGUAUUUUAAAGAUCGUAAUGUUCCAGAAUGUGUGACAAAUGCAAGUCUUAAUCUUUUCCAGCCUGAUUGCGCGAAACUCUGCAUGUACAUGGCUCGGGAUGAACUUGAGAAUGUUACCACCUUAGAUGUUGACAACAUAAGAGAAAACUUACCUCGCAUUACAUUUUAUUACGGAUCAAAUGACAACUGGUGUCCUCAUUCUUAUUACCAAGACAUUAGGGAGCUUUUCCCUGAGGGUGAUAUAAGGCUGUGUAAAAACAAGUUUGAGCAUGCUUUUGUUUUAGAGAACAGUAAAGAAAUGGGAGCUUUAGUUUCUGGCUGGAUUUUGGAGGAAAUACUUGGGACUUCUAAAGAUGUUCAUAAAAACUCACUUUUAGUUUAAUGUAUAUGAUUUUUAUGUUAAUGACAGCUUUAAUCCAGUUUUCAAAGAUUUCAUUUUUAUUGUUGAAGAUAUUGUUGCAGUAGCACAAUUGUAUGGUAAUGCAAAGUUAGAUUUAUCUUAUUGUGUUAAAAUUUCUUUUUGUCGAUUUUAUAUUUUAUGCAUGUGUACUCGGAAAGCAUAGAACUAUAUAUAAAGUGUAUUAUUAAACCUGUUACUCUGAAUGUUAAAAUAAAAAAAUAUUAAAAUUUGUUAAAAUAAUAAUUUGAUCUCCUAUUUUCUAUGCAUGUAAUCUAUGGCUAUAAAUGUAUUUUCUUUUAUUUUAAAUGUUAGCUUUGUACUUGGACAAACAUGUCUCCUUGGAAAUGAAAUUUAUAUCUUUUUGUAUUACUUCUCUGACCAGUGAAAUCCGGGGAUAUUUAUUUAUGCCAUUGAUAAUCACCAUCUAUAUUUCAAAAUUACUUUAGUUUAAAAAUAAAUCAAUCAAAACCAUUGCUAUAAUCAAAACAGUUGAAAAAAAUUGUUUCUCAGGUAAACAAAAUAUUAUUUUAUUGGAUUAUUCCUUUAAAAUAAUAAAGUAGAUCAUGCUGAUAAUAUGAGGUAAGGUGCAUUGAGAUAUACAAAACUUAUCCUUGAUUUUACAAAGUCUUAUUUUUGCACUGUGUAAGUGUUAUAAAAAUGAAUAUAGUUAUAAUCUUCUAAGUAUGGAAACUAAGUGAAUAAAUAAUUUUAAAUUUCUCUUUCUUUUCUUUUUCAAUUUCAGUUAAGUCUGUCUGUUAUGUAAAUGUGGUGACAUGCAUAGUAAUGAAGUUAUAGGAAUGCCUCUUUCUCCUUAGCUAUGCUAAUAAAAAAUGUUUAGAAAAAGUUAUUAUUAAACUCAAUACUUAAAUCACAAUAAACAUUCUUAAUGUUUUGAAUGUUUAAUGUUUUAUUGUUUUUUUUCAAGUGAAGGUUUUUUUAAAAAAUGAUCUAUACAAUUUGUUCUUAUACCCAUUAAAGUUAAAAAAUUUUCUGAAUCUUUUAACAAACUUAUUAGUGAACAAAACAUGCAUAAUUUUUUGAUUGAUUAUUGCUAGGAUAGUAAGUAUAAAACGUAUUAGCUAUUAAAUGUCUAUUAAAAUCAUCAGAACUAUAUUUCUAUCUCUUAACUUCUGGUUACCUACAAGCUAGGAAUUCUUACUUCUAAAAAUACAUAUGCUGGAUUGUACCAAAGUAUGUAUUCUAAAAAAAUAGAUAUUGAUUUUUUCAAUUAGAUUGGAUAAAACAUAAUUAAAUAUAGUGUCUAUUCAUCAAUGUAAAAACCAUUUGUUUGUAUAGUGAGAUUGUUUAUGUGCUGCUUUUUUUAAUAUUAAAUAUUUAUUCUAUAUAACUAUAUGUUGUUAAUGUAAUAAAGGUAUGUUUAAUUUUCAACAAAACUUUUCCUCGUAAUUUGACCAAAUAUAUUGUAAAUGUCGCAAUAUUUUAUUGAGCAUAAAUGAGCUACACUAAUGCACAUAAAUA